CCUAACCUCAAAUUGAAACUGUGUGAUAGUUUUGUUAUGACUUUUCUUCAUGAUAGUAAAAAACUUCUUCGUGAUUUUGUAGUUGUAUUCAACGGGACUUUCAAAAUAAAACUCAUUUAUCACAGACAAUUGAUAAAGAAUCGACGGAAAUAACAAGCGAUCGAACCUAAAAAAAUGAACCGGUUAAAUCAACGCCUUCUUCAGUUACCCGCAAAGUAUACUCAGUUCAACAAACAAUCCAGUACAAAUGCGACUGCAUCACAAACCACCAAAUGCCAACGACAAAGACCAUCAUCACUUAUCGAUGAAAUAAUUCGAAUUAAUCAUGCCGGUGAAUUGGGAGCUGAUCGAAUUUAUGCCGGUCAAUACGCUGUACUUGGCAAAACACCAGUCGGACCGACUUUGAAGCAUAUGUGGGAACAAGAGAAAGUACAUCGAAACGAAUUUGAGAAAUUGAUCCGAGAAUAUCGCGUUCGACCAACUGUUAUGACCCCGAUUUGGAAUUUAGCCGGUUUUGCAUUGGGCGCUGGCACAGCGCUAUUGGGCGAAAAAGCAGCGAUGGCAUGCACUGUAGCUGUUGAAACUGUUAUCGUUGAACAUUACAACGAUCAAUUGCGACAAAUCAUGGAAAAUCCAAAUGUUGAUAAGGAACUUAUGGCUACGAUAACAAAAUUCCGUGACGAGGAACAAGAGCAUCAUGACACGGGCAUCGAUCAUGGUGCCGAACAGGCUCCAUUCUAUAAAGCAUUGACCGAAGUCAUUAAAUUUGGAUGUAAAACAGCAAUUGCAAUUUCGAAAAAAAUUUAAUUUAAAAACCACUUGUUCGGUUCAAUUUAGAAACACAAAAUGUUUGUUUUAAUGAAUGCUUAAAAUAUUAAAUGACCUUAUCUAUUAUGUAAUAUGA